CCACCAACCCUCCCUCCUCCACCCAACUAUCAACCCUAUGUGAAAGUUAUAGAUUCUCCUUAUACGUCAAGAUUCAUUGCCCCAGUGUUUAAUUGUCCCACCUAUAGUUGUCCUAUCUGUGAUACAAAGUUUAUGUUGAGUGGGUUAACGAUUAGUGAUUCAUACAAUUAUUUUGUCAAGAGCACACCCAAGGAAACUGAACGAAUAGAAUUAAUAGGAAUGGAAAAAUAUAGAUUAAUUGACGAUUCAAUAACAGCUCACAUUCCACCUGAAGAUGACGAAGAUAUGAUUGUUUUGUCUUCAGAUGAUGAAGAGGAUCAGCGAAUUAAGAAGGAAGAAGAAGCUGCAGCGGCAGCAGCUGAAGCAGCACGGAUAUUUAGAAUUGCGACACUUCCUCCACAAGUUAGACCGCUUUAUAAUGCAGUUUACAAUAAUUACCCUGAUAAUGUAUUAAUUGGAAGGACUGAUUUAUUGGAUGACGAAGAAGUGUGGGGGACACCAGGAAAUAACUCGGGGGAUUAUUAUCUGCAUGGAAGCAGUUGGGAAGAUCCUGUUGUACUUGACGAUUGA